GAUGAAGCCAAUUAAUCUAAAUAAUACUUAUGAAAACUCUUACUUACAAUAUAAUUUUUAGAUCCGCUGUAAAUGUAAAUAGUUAUAUCUAUAUGUAAAUAAGUUUAUCUGUUUAUUUGAUUUAUAUUUGUGAGGGAGCAAUUAGUGACAUUUAGUGAAUUGCUCAAGUCUUAUAUUCUUUAGUGAUGCUAACAGACAUCACAACUGCACAAGCAAUUUUGAAUUUCGCGGGCAUCAAGCAAGUUUUCCCCAAGAGCUGAGAGCAAUACAGCAGACGACAACAUGGCCGCCGCCAGGGCGGAGAGACCGCAAGAGAGGUAUAUUAUACUCUCUGCUCAGGAGCAGAAGUAUAUCGUAGUGCAGUGCAGUGCAGUGGCGGAUACGUGCAGCAGCAGCUGCAGCAUCGUCCAGUCCAGCCCUCGACAUAAAGAUACUCGUCGGGGUACGACGAGAUUACCACACACAGCGCGUGAGGCAGGGCAGGGGCACUGUUUGCGCGGUGGUUCGUCGUCGUCGCGGCCAACAACAACCGCGAGGUGCUGUCGUCGUCAUCAGGAGUGGGACUCGCAGGGCAGGAAUCAGCUGAGGAACAACAACAACAACAACAACAGCUGAGCAGUGCGAUGCAGCAGCUGCAGCAGCAGCAGUAACUUAUUGGAAGAGUUAGUAAACGUUCUUUCUCUCUUUCAAUAAAUUUUUUGAUUUUCCAAAGGAUUUUGGAGAAAGCGGUUACAUUAUUUCUUUGUGCCUGUGCUGAAGAGCUGCAUUGGAGCCGUCAGCUGACUGGCCAUACGUCUCUCCAGAGCUGGGAAGCUCUGCAGAAAGCUGCCUUGGAGUCGUCAGCUGACCGUCUAGUAUUAAGAAGUUCUCUCUCUCUCUUUUCUACGUCACCCUAUCAAAACUGCAUCACCAUGAGUUAACUCUCAUAGAUCUGGUAUGCAUUCUAGGUAGAGGAAGGUCGGAAUCGGCCACAUAGCCGUGCAAUAGCAGCCGGGAGAAGGAGAGAGAGAAUAGCCGACUAACAGCCGAGUUAGCCGCUUACUGUAGAGCGCUCCCACCAGCCGCGCGACUACACGCACACGCUGGAGCUCACGCACGCUCACACCUAAGCCGCUCGAGUCAGAAGAUAAGCCCGCCGCCGGGAGGGGGAAAACCUCGCGCCAGGCCGCGACAGCAGAUACUAUACUGCUACUUGUAUGUGAGAGGCGUUGAGUGUGUGUAAAAAGAAUAUUCACCUAUGUAACUUAAACAAUUAUUUAUUUGUAAUGUAUGACAUGAGAGGUGGUAUGUUACAGUGUGAAAACCCAACGAUCGCACGAGAAAACAUAUGUAAAUCGCCAAAUGUAACGGCACUAGACCGAUAACUAUGUAUUGCGCUUGUGUGAGUACUCUAGCGAGGUGUACCGUCGCGCCUCGGCCAGAGAAUUCGCCCACUUGAGUUUUCGUCGCAGCCCAGAGAACAUCCCUACGGUUUGACUAUUCACUUUUAAUUUAGAGUAGAGUCAAGUAUAAGAGUGUGUUAUUUUGUCGUGAUUGUUAUAAGAACGAGGGAGAGGUACGAGAGAGAACUUCAGCCGGAAGGUAGCGUUUAAUGGUAAUAUUUAUAAUAUAUAUUGAGUGUGAGAGGAAUAAGCCGGACGUUGCGAAAGUCGGAGCUUUACUGCCUCGUGGCAGCAUUUUUGACGAGCCAAGAUUUUGUAGCACCGGAUAACUGUGUGAGCGUUGUGUGCGAAAACGAAAAUUGUAACUAAUUGAAAAUAUCACCUUAGAGCCUCGCGUUUAUUAUAUUACAGCCGGUUUUGUUUAAGUAAAAAUUUGUGAAGUGAUAAUCAGUCGAGUGGUCUAAGCUUAUUAUUUCCUAUUUUCCCGAUCGAACUCCCUCGGAGAGUAGAGUCUCGUAACUAGCCGGAGACGCGACCCCAAAACGUUCGCAGAUAAAUCGUCCGACCUGGCGCCUUCGAAAUAAAUACGGCCGGGCGUUAGUAGCUAAUCAUUGUUGCAAAGGAAAAUAACGAGAGAAAAUCCACCUCGUUACAGCUCCAAGGCAGCUCUUCAGCACAGGCACAAAGAAAGAAGUAUUCGUGUUUUUCAGUUUCGAUGCAAAUCUUUUAAGACUUUGUAUCAAUUAAGUAUUUGAUUACCGAGGCGCGCAGACAACUACAAGAAGAAGAAGGAAAUCUUCAAGCAUGCUGAACAGUAUGUCAAGAAGUACAGUAUAAAGGAGAGAGACGAUAUCAGGCUGAUUUAUCUUAUUGUCUUUCAUUUCUUAAAUUCAGUGCUAAAGGUAUACGAAUCCUUAUCAAAGACCUUCCCUUGCUGAAGAAGGGGAAGACAUUGUUUUGAACUGGUAAAUCCAGAGAUGUUUACUUGUGAUUAAUUCACGGCAGCCGAGUACUACGAUUUCAAGAUCUAAAAUUCUUGGUGUAAUUAUGUGGCAAUCUUGUGCUGCCAAGAUAACGUCUGGUAAUACAUUCCAGCAUACUUAACACUUGGCUGAGGAAAUUGUAAUCACCACGAACACUACCAGUGUGAAAUAUUGCGAAUGAGAACUUGUGAUGUUAUGUUAUGGUUAUUCAAGUCAGUGCCAUCUUGCACCCAUGAAACACCUUGGCAGGUGCUAGUGCAUCAUUGGUAUAUUCAGCAAGACAAGUGUACGCCUACACAGCUCUUGGGCAGUACCAAAAGAUCCAGCUUCAAACAUGAGCGAGAUCACUUCCAAAGAUCUUCAAGACCUCGUGCAAUAUUUUUCCAAGAACACUUACAAAGCCAAAGAUGCAGAUAGCACGAGUCAGGGAAUCAUGCAGAGAUGCAUAUUGCUCGCAAACUUAGACUAUACCCACACAGUAAUCAGCAACAACAGUCAAAAUUAUGAAAACCAACCGAGUAGGAAUAGCACUAGCAAUCUCAGAAGUUCUAGAAAAGGAAGGCCUAGUUCUAAAAAUUAUACAACAAUGAAUAGUGAGUCAGAAGAAGAGGAGACUAAUAAAACACCUCAACGACCUAUCAGGAGAAGUGCGAGAACCCCUUCACAGGAGGUCAUCUAGGACAUGAAAUCAUUUCAGCGGCGCAAUCAUUUAUUUAGUAUUAUUUAUAAGUUCACUAUUUAAACGUGUAAAUAAGGUUUGAUAUGCAAUACAAAUAACAUAGAUUUAUUGUAAUAAAAAAUGUUUUUGUAUUUGAACUUAUGCAUCAGAACAUUUAUACAAUUAUAGAAGAUAUUUUUAUAACAAUUAAAUUCUGGAAAUGCAUUAAUUCUAGUGUCGUUUUUAGACACCCAUCAUUUUGACUACAAGUUACUAGUCUGAUAUAAAUAAGAACAUUAAAUGCAACUUUUCAUCGAUUUUGUCUACAUAAGUAUUGCUACAGAUUUUUGGAAAAAAAUAUAAAAAA